AGUAGACAUAGAGAUAUAGUUUCCUCAACUUAUUACAAAAAUGAAUCUAAAAACAGACAUGACCAUAGGGAUAGUAACAAAAGGUCUUAUUCGGGAUCCAGUAAAUCUAUAGAUAGUGAACCAUUAGUUAAAACAAAAAAAUAUGCAGAUGCCAACAACACAGACAAAUUUGAGGCACCAAAAAACGCGUAAGAAUAAUUUAUCUUCUCUGUUAAAAAACUUUGACAAGAAAGUGGAAUCAAAACGAAUCAACUCAGAAAACUCAAUUGAAAUAGGUCCUGUUUUACCUCCUCAUUUAAAACAAAAUGAAAUUGAAACGGAGUCAUUAUCUAGUAACCCAACAGAUACUACUGUAGGUCCUGCACUACCACCCCAAUUGAAUAAUAGUAAUGACAUUUCAAACAAUGGAUCAAGCAAAUGUAAUAAUUCUUUCAAAAGUAAAGCUGUAUCAUCGUUGAUUUUUGAUAACAAAGUCAAUAAUGUGAGUGAUACAGUAGCAACAGUUAUUGAAAAAGAGAAUGAGAUUCACUCUGCACAACCAUUUGUAGUUAACAACUCCGAUGACUCCUGCAGUAUAGAUAAUCUGACUAAAGAUGACCAUGUAGAAUCUUCAGAAAAAGAUUUAUUUGGACCUACAAUACCACCUGAGUCAAAGCCAGAAACGUAUGGGCCAACUUUGCCUCCAAAACAAGACUCAGAUUCUUAUGGUCCUGCUCUGCCCCCUAGUCAUGUGAGAGAUGCUAUUCAAGGACCUGCUCUUCCUCCAGAAAUGGCAAGUGAACUAGGAGAAACUGCUCAAGAAGAUUCAGAAGAUGAUGAUGACAUGGUUGGUCCUCAGGUAGAGGGUAAAAUGACAAAAGCACAAUACCUUCUAGACAUGCGAGCCAUACACAUUAAAAGAAAACUUGAUGAAGAGAAAGGUGGCAUUUCAAAGGAGGUGAAAAAACGAGAAGAGUGGAUGUUGGAGCUGCCCCCAGAAAAGGCUUCCAACCUCGGUCUGGGGCCUCGGUCAUUUCGGAUGAAGGAAGCCCCUGACAUGAGCAACAGGUCCAGCUGGACAGAUACUCCAGCCGACAAACUGUGCAAGGAACAACAGGCGUUGCAUGCAUGCCCAGCCACCUCAUCACCAGUGAGAUGUACAUGUCCCCGCCGGUUCCACACUGUGGCUUCCAUGGGUCCGACGUCAGUCCAAACCUUCGCGGCCAUGGAUCUGCUGGACCUCGAUGACUUCCGUGCUUAG